AUGGACGAUGUUGAAGAGCUUGUCAUCAAACCCUUUCGGGACGUCGUCGAAAAGGGCAAGUUGGCAAUAGAGAAUGCGGCCGAUUCCCCGGAUAUGUUGAUGGAAGCGCAGCGCCUAGUAAAAGUGGGCGAGCGAGGUUUGCAUCACAUUGAAAGAAGCUGCAAAAAGCUGUAUAAUGAUUAUAGCUCCAACUUUGUAGCUGCGCUCAAAGAAAAUGAUGAAAUCACAAAUAUUCGCUGUCAACUUACAAACUUAUUGUGGGAUUUUGAGGACUUUCUCGAACCCGACACCUUUGAAGCCAGCAGGUUUAAAGAGUUGCAAAAAUUAGAUCGCGAUGUCGCGCCGAAAGUGUACAACAUACUCAUCACUAUGAAACUCGAACCCCCAAAUUUCUAUCUAUCCCAACCGUCGCCACCCUUGUCGCCUCAUCCUCCUUCCUUCUCUCACAUUCAACCAGCGCCGCAGCAUCCCUAUGACCUUGGUUUUCAUCGAGGGUCCGGGUCAGUCUGCGGCUCGCAAGGUGAUGUGAGAUCUGUGACAGACGUUCCAAAUGUGGAAGAUGCUACGGCUCAAUUCAGAACGUUGAUGGAAAACCGGCAGCGGCCGAGUGUCCAUAGUCAUGUACGGGACCCGGGGUUGGGCGUCCUUAAGCUGGAGAUUCCUCCAGAGCAACAAAUGCCAGACCCCCCACGACCACCGUCACCCGAUCCAUGGGAUCCCCAAAGAGCGCCUUAUAGUGGCCAUGGCGUAAUGGAAAACUAUAGCCCGGCCGACCGCAGGCCAACGAGUAUCAGAGCUGAGUCACCUAUAGACCCGGCUAUCUCACCAUUGGGUCCAGACAGUCGCCGUCGCAUAUCAUCUACUGAUGCCCAACAAUCUUCUGGCAGUGCUACUGUAAGGCCAGAGCCGGACACUCGUGUCCAGGACGAAAGUCGACAGUCUGGGUCAAGCACAUGGUCAUCCUCUACAAAUGCUACUAGCCAUGGUACGCGAGUGCGGCCUUACACUUUUUCUUCCACUAUCCCAGAGGAAGAACAGACACCACGGAAGCCUAGCAAUCCCAUUCAUAUCCCACAGCUACAGGUACGGCCUCCGCUUCCUCCGAUUCCCUUGGAGCAUCGAAAACCUCUGGAAUCUUCCUCGACUAAAGGAGUUGAUGACAUGGGCCGUCAAUAUCUGAGCAGGCAACCUCAGGGGCAACCUCCAAAUGUCACUCUACCAGCACCGUCAAGUCUCCAGAAUAGUACACAUGGAACCCCCCGUGCCUUGAGCCUUCGCCCUCCAACGCCGAAAAGCCAAGCGGAGCUCGAGGUGGCACCCGGGAUGACGGGCAGAGCAGAUUAUUCAGAUCUGAUCCCAGUAGGAACUGAAUCAAAUACAGAGUCAUUGACAGAGUUAGUUGAGGUCAGUCUUUCUCAAAAAGACUGCACCAUCGGACCAAGUAGCACAUUCUAUCUCUACAAGGGAUUCUGCGACGGCGCCAAAGAAGUUCGACAAGGCGGCAUUGGAGUCAAGAAGACAAAGAGGCCUGGGUUUGCAGGUACAACUACAGUGGCAAGGUGUACAGGCUGUCUCUUUGAGCUCGACUUCUCUCAAAUCGAGAUUGAUGUGAACAAGGAAGACAAGGGCAACUUUUACAAGAGUGGGAUCAAUUACCGUCUUCGAUUUUUACAGAAGAGUCAUCUCUCUGCCAAACGUGUAGACGACGUGCUUUACGCCUGUGUGUUUUGUGUCGCUGCACGCCGUACUGUCGAUGAAUGCGAUUCAACUGUGUUUACCAAUACGAAGGCAUUGUUUACCCAUCUAUCACACCAUCCGCGACCGCUUCCUGAGGUCCCUGGAAUAGCCGUAGUAGAAGGACUAGAGAUGCCCGCGCGUUUACGCAACGACUUUGAUGUAUGGUUUAGGAACCCGGCAGAAGCGCACCCAGCUCAGCUGAAUAUGUCGGAAAUAGCUGGAAAGGCCACGGGAAUUACUAGAGACCAUUCACGAAGAUUAUAUGGACAAAGGCUCCUGUUUGAUAGAAGCCCAGCCCUGGAACUUUGCCAUGGUGCUAAAGUCACUGGCAUUACCUGGCCGGAGAAGCACAAUGGUGAAUGGGUCUUUGCCUGGCACGAUGGUAUACAUGCUUCCACGCCCGCUGAUAUUGUCAAACUUGAUGCCCCGCCUUCGGAAGAAAUCAGAAUGGUAUGUUCAAGCCUGAUCCGAGCAAAGUCCAGGUGGAAGUUUGUCUACAGGGACAAGGAGAAGGACAAGAGCCUGUGGUUGAAGUUUGACAAGAACGAGGCCAUCACCAAUAUAAGUUAUGCAUCCCCAGAUCAUUGGUGCUGGUCGGGAACCAACGCAAAGGGGAAAUGGGGUAUUUUCCCCAAGGUUUUCCUUGAUCCAAGCACCAUCCAGGAACUCACAACAGAAGGCGCUGAUCGUGCGCUUACUUUGAGCAGGGAGAAGAACAAGUCUUUGUCAAUGCUAUCCAGGUUUCCAAAGAGACGGCCGUCGGGUCGACCUCCUAGUGUUGCCGAGUCUACUAGCAGCCGUGAGACACAGGGUGGGCUCAGCAGUUUGAGAAACUCUAGAGGCAGCAGAGGAACAGAGGAUGCAAUGUCCGGCUUGGUGACCUGA